UGCCUUCUGUGUGUGCACAUGGGUAGUACCUGCCUGGGAUCAAAGCUGACUAUAUAAAGUCCUUGGUUCUGUGUGGGUUCAAACACAUUUCAAAGCUUCGGGAUCCUGAAAGGUUUCGCUGUGCUUCCUGAAGACGCAACGUGGCUCCCAGAAAGCCAUGGCUUGCUUUGGAUUCCAGAGGCAGGAGGCUCAGCUGGUUGUGGCUUCCAGGAGCUGGUCCCACCCUGCUCUGUUUUCUCUCCUCUUCCUCCCUGUCUUCUCUAAAGCAAUGCAUGUGACCCAGCCUGCAGUGGUCCUGGCCAGCAGCCGAGGUGUCGCCAGCUUUGUGUGUGAGUAUGCAUCUUCUCACAAAGCCACCGAGGCCAGGGUGACAGUGCUGCGGCUGGCCAACAGCCAUAUGACUGAAGUGUGCGCCAUGACAUAUACUGUGGAGAAUGAGUCGACCCUCCUGGAUGAUUCCAUCUGCACUGGCAUCUCUAGUGGAAGCAAAGUGAACCUCACCUUUCAAGGGCUGACUGCCACUGACAUGGGGCUCUACAUUUGCAAGGUGGAGCUCAUGUACCCACCACCGUACUAUGUUGGCAUGGGCAAUGGAACCCAGAUAUAUGUCAUUGAUCCAGAACCAUGCCCAGAUUCUGACUUCCUCCUCUGGAUCCUUGCAGCUGUUAGUUCCGGGUUGUUCUUUUACAGCUUCCUCCUCACAGCUGUUUCUUUGAGCAAAAUGCUAAAGAAAAGAAGCCCUCUCACAACAGGGGUCUACGUGAAAAUGCCUCCAACAGAGCCCGAGUGUGAAAAGCAAUUCCAGCCUUAUUUUAUUCCUAUCAAUUGAGAGGCCAUUGUGAAGAAGAAAGACCAUAUUCCAAUUUCUAAAAUCUGAGGCAAUUCUAACUUUUUGGCUAUCCAUCUAUUUUUAUUUGUUUGUGUAUUUUGGGGGGAAAUUCAUCUCUCUUUAAUAUAAAGAUGGAUGCAGAAUCCAAUUUAAGCAUGCUGCAAUUUAAAACAAAGGAGCAGGAAAGCAGAGUUGGGUCAUGCUUGAUGCAAUUUUGGUGAAAAACAUCACUUGGGAGCAAUAAAAGGAUACAGCAUUAUAAUACAGGGUCGAGUGAAUAGGUUAAGGAAUGGCACAGUUCAAAGAAAGAAUAGAAGGGCGUGAGGAAGAGCACUAUGAUGUCUACACUUUGUUCUAACAUGUGAGACGUUCAUAGCAGAGAUGAUCUUUUCAAGUUAAUUUUUAUGUCAUUUUUUUAACAAACAUAAAUGCAUGAGGACUUUAAAGAAAUACUCACAUGGCUGUUUUGGCCAGUGAUUGCAAAGGUUGUAUUGUACCAAUAUGCUUUUAAAAAAAUCUGAUAGUAUUGUGCAUGGGGCUCUCAUGUGCUUUUGUGUAUUUGCUGAUGGUUUGAAUACAAACACUAUAUGACAGUGUCUUCCCACUGUGAGUUCUGGAAAAGUUUUGUGGAGGAGAUCAGGACACUAAGACAUGAGCUAGAAUAAAGGUCAUUUGCUAACUGGUUUGGAAACUGGAAGUGGUCACUGUAAUAUGCAACUAUACUGAAACGGAAUUGAUGUUGGCAUGAGCAUUGGGCUUCUGUGUAGGCUUCUUGCAGUGGUUUCCAAGGAAGCCCAAGCUGGCAGUGUCUGAGUGAACUCAACAGAAAUUGUGGUCAAAGCAAACGGUUCACCCCAAGACACCUGCUGGAUGAUUUAAUAGGAAGUUCCAGUUCCAUGGGCCCAAUUCCUUAUACACACAUGGUUAGUGUCACAGACAGAAGGAAGCAGCAGGUGGCAGAAUGGGUGCAUGAAAACUAACACUGUUGGUGUUUUCUUAACUCAAUAUUUUCCAUGAAAAUGCAACAACAUGUAUAAUAUUUUUAAUUAAAUAAAAUUGGUGGUGGUCAUUUAUCAGAUUAU